GUAUGCAUCUAUAUAUCGACCAAACAUUUUGUUUAUAAUGAUUGACUAGUCCAUUGUCCAAAUUACGACAAGAAGUAAUCAAAACUCAAACUCUUAGUCUUGGUGGCAGCAAAUGAUGAUCACAUCUCUUUUCCCGCUUCUAACAUUCAUCUUCUGAUUCUGUCGUAGUUUUUGUAAUUGGUGUGGAGAGAUGUCAUCUGCGCCGUCUCCGGGUUCUACUCCGUCAACUCCACCACCACUUCCUCCCAUUCCUCCUAUAGCUCAGCCUCCCGUUAUCAUUCCUCCUAUACCUCUUCCUCCCGUUGUUCCUCCUAUAGCUCAGCCUCCCGUUAUCAUUCCUCCUAUACCUUUGCCUCCCGUCGUUCCUCCUAUACCUCAGCCUCCCGUUGUUCCUCCUAUACCUUUGCCUCCCGUUGUUCCUUCUCCGCCUCCGCCUACACCCAUUCCUCCUCCACCUCCGUUGACACCUUCACCUCCUUUGACGCCUUCUCCUUUGCCUCCUUCACCUCCCUUGACGCCUUCUCCUCUGCCUCCUUCACCUCUUUUCACACCUUCUCCUCUGCCUCCUUCACCUCCCUUGACGCCUUCUCCUCCGCCUCCAUCUCCAACUAUUCCUUCACCUCCCUUUACCCCUUCUUCUCCACCUCCACCUCCUCCCUCAAAGCCUUCUUCUCCUCCGCCUCCGUCUCCUUCUACCCCUUCAACUCCGCCGCCUCCCUCUACGCCUACUCUCGGCCCUCCACCUCCAGAAAGUCCCUCUAGCGGUGCCGGAUCUUUAUCGCCACCAUCUCCCUCUUCCGUUGGUAUAUCGACGGGAGUGGCGGUUGGACUCGCCAUCGGAGGAGUUGCUAUACUUGUUAUGGUAUUGACUUUGAUUUUUUUCAUUUGUAAGAAGAAACGACGAAGAGACGAAGAAGCACCUCCUUCUCAAUUUGCUGGAGGCCCUUAUUACGGUGGGCAUCAGCAACAAAAUGCAUCGUCACGACAAUCGGAUCACGUGAGGACAUCACUGGCACCACCAGGUCCACCACGUCCUCUACACUUCAUGAGCAGUAGUACUAGCAGCGGUGGCUACGACUCAAACUACUCGGAUCAAUCGGUUCUUCCUCCACAAUCUCCAGGGCUUGCAUUAGGCAUCUAUCAAGGCACUUUCAAUUACGAUGAGCUUUCAAGAGCCACCAAUGGCUUCUCUGAGGCCAACUUGUUAGGACAAGGCGGUUUCGGAUACGUGUUCAAAGGUAUGUUGCGUAAUGGGAAAGAAGUUGCUGUUAAACAGUUGAAAGAAGGGAGUUCACAAGGAGAAAGAGAGUUUCAAGCAGAGGUUGGGAUCAUUAGUAGAGUUCACCACAGACAUUUGGUUGCUCUUGUCGGUUAUUGCAUCGCCGAUGCUCAAAGAUUGCUUGUCUAUGAGUUUGUUCCCAACAACACUCUCGAGUUUCACCUCCAUGGGAAAGGACGGCCUCCAAUGGAAUGGAGUUCAAGAUUGAAGAUUGCUAUUGGUUCUGCCAAAGGAUUGUCAUAUCUUCAUGAAAAUUGCAAUCCUAAAAUUAUCCACCGUGAUAUCAAAGCGUCAAACAUACUGAUUGAUUUCAAAUUUGAAGCAAAGGUUGCUGAUUUUGGUCUUGCCAAGAUUGCUUCUGAUACAAACACUCAUGUAUCUACUCGUGUUAUGGGAACCUUUGGGUAUUUGGCUCCAGAAUAUGCUUCAAGUGGAAAGCUCACAGAAAAAUCUGACGUCUUCUCAUUUGGUGUUGUGCUUUUGGAGCUAAUAACAGGGCGUCGCCCUAUUGAUGCAAACAAUGUCCAUGCAGAUAAUAGCUUGGUUGAUUGGGCACGACCUUUGCUUAACCAAGUAUCCGAGAUAGGAAACUAUGAGGUUGUGGUUGAUACAAAGCUGAAUAAUGAGUAUGAUAGAGAAGAGAUGGCUCGUAUGGUUGCUUGUGCCGCAGCUUGUGUCCGCUCUACAGCUCGCCGUAGACCUCGCAUGGACCAGGUUGCACGUGUGCUAGAAGGAAACAUAUCACCGUCAGAUUUGAACCAAGGGAUCACACCGGGUCAUAGCAAUGUGUAUGGCUCAUCUGGAGGAAGCACGGAUUAUGACUCGAGCCAAGACAAUGAUGGCAUGAACAAGUUUAGGAAAGUUGGAAUGCUUGAGACUCAAGAUUUGUAUAGUAAUCCUAUCAGUGAGUAUGAUUUGUACCCUUCCUUGUCGAGCACUGAGGUUCAGACCACACGGGAAAUGGAGAUGAGAAAUGCUAAAAGACCUGGUCAAGGUUAUGGUUAGAGAGGCGAGAAAUCACAUAGCCCUUUUUCAAAUUAUUGUCUUCUUUUAACUAUAGAGAUUUGAGUAAUUGUGUCAUAACUCUAAUUGAACUACGAUAAACAAGAUACAGUUAUACUGAUUUUGUGGUUUUCAAGUUUUUUUCUUUGGUGUAUAUAUUUCACUAGAAGUUGUGAGG